UUGGCCAUCAACUCCGAAUCAAACAUGCCUCGCGGACGCGUAAACAUGCCCACCUCGCACUCUGCUCCUUCCUCCUCCCACUCUCAUCCCGACUACAUUGACAUCGACGUCGACAUCGACAUUUCCGAACACCCCCAACACAACGCUCCGAUGUCUGACAAAGUAACCCCCCCUCGUGACCAAGGCCGCAUGCAAUACGCAGGCGAUGCUGCCGACGCGAAGCGAGACAACAAGGAGAACAUGGCGUCCUGGCAGCGGGAGAUCCACGACAGGAUCAAGGAGUACCCGGACAACAUCAACAGGUACCUCUCUACGAUGGUUCCGUCGGAUACACCUGUACCACCCUGCCCUAAUAUGGGCAGGUCGCUCCAGCUGAUUCAAGUGGGAAAUCUUGAGAACGCGAUGUAUGGGCCACUGAUGAAAGCACUGGAGCGAAUGGUAAGGCCGUUCCCGCACAGAAAGCGGCCCAAGUUCCACAACUACGAGCACAAGGUCAUGAAGUUUCCGUUCGAGCCGUACGAACACGACCAGCACCCCACGAAGCCCGACGUCAUUGCGACGUUCCCGACACUACCUUUCAUCUCUCCGCUGCAUCGCUGGAGACAUGUCGCUCUCGUCUUCGAACUCAAGUCGCUGGCGUCGGCCGACCCGAUGAUAAUGAACAUGCAGACGCACUGGGAGACGCUCGUGCAGCUUGCGAAGAGCGCGCGGAACAUCAUGCUCUCGCAGGGGAGACUGUUCGCGUUUGUCGUCGGUAUAUAUGGCGAUCAGGCUCGUAUCUUUCGCUUUGACCGCGCCGGUGCGAUAUGCUCGCCCAAGUUUGCGUACAAGAAUCAUCCGGAGAUCUUGCACGCGUUCAUGUGGCGCUUGUUCCACCCGCGAGACAGGCGUUGCGCCAUCGUCGGGGAGGAUCCGACGAUGAAGCUGGGAACGAGCAUGGACCGGAAGCUGGCAGACAAGCUCGCAUCGAGGUACGACGAUGAAUGGAAACGGACCGCGGAGACGCGGAAGGCAGUGCGACGGAUUACCAUGCAGGACGAGAAUGGAAAGCCGACGACGUACCUCGCAUACAAGUUGAUCUUCGUGAACUCUGGGCUGUUUUCCCGCGCGACACUGAUCUGGGAAGCCUUCAUCGUCGACAAGAGGAAUCGGAGCACAGGCGAGCGAUACAUUCUGAAGGAGACGUGGCGGCAGCUUGGUCGCCUCGACGAGGUCGGCUUCUACGAGAGGCUACAGUACGCGAAGCUCGAAGAACACAAGGAGAAUCAGGCGAAGGAUCGUGGCGUGGUCGAGGCAGAGACCAACGACGACGUCGAGGUCGAAGGGAAACUUGCGGCGGAGGUACAGGCGCUAGGCGAGGCCAGAUUCACGUACGGUGUCGCGAGGUACAUAUGCGGCGAGGACUACGGCGAGAGGGAUGAAGCACAUCGGAAGCUUGUGGAGCAGGCAGAGACCUCUGGAGCUCCUGUGCCCGAGGACACGAAGGCGGGUCACCGGACGAUCUCUGGGGUGCAUAAUGCGCCUGAGAAGGUGCGGAUGAAUGAACGGAGUCACAUGCGGAUGGUUCUCCAGACGGUUGGGACGCCGCUGGCGGACUUCAGGUGCACGCGGGAGGUCGUAUUAGCGCUGCGCGAUGCUGUGGAAGGACACAGAAGGGCGUAUGAAGCUGGGAUUAUACACCGCGACGUCAGCGAAGGGAACGUGAUGAUCUCGCGCCUUCAUUCUGCGUUCGCGGGCUUCAUCCAAGACUUCGACUUCAGCUUCAGUUGGCGACGGUUCUUGCAAAAGCGUGGCUGGGAUGUGGAUCUGACAACAUGGGAGAAGUACUGCGUCGAACAUGGGCACGAACCGCGCCAGACCGAUGGGAAGUCUGACCCUGCGAACGACAGCAAAGAGCGUACGGGAACGUUGCUCUUCAUGGCUGUUCAAGUGUUGGAAGGCGAGAUCACACAUGAAGCACGGCACGAUUUGGAGUCAUUCUAUUGGCUCCUUGUGUUCAUCGUCCUUCGGCAUACUAACCAUGGCCAUCACAAGAAAAGUGAGGCCUUCGGAAGCUUGUUCUGCCUCGACGACCUAGAUCAACGUGCCAGUACAAAGAUGGCUUGGCUGCAACACCGCAAAGCUCCUCUUCCAGUUCCUGGUAACGAGCCCUUGACGAAUCUUCUGGAAAAGUUCCGCAAUCUGCUGCAGGAAAACUUCCUUGUUCGGCUUGGAUCCAUCCGUCGCGUCACACAUGAAGAAGUUCUUCAGGUAUUUGACGCCGCAUUGGCCCAAGAGUGGCCCGUUGAUGACGCUGCCAUUCCGUGGGUUGCCCCUGCAAACCGAGGACAUACCCAACCGAUGACAGAAUCGAGGGGCAAGCCCGUGACGAUGGGUACCAAGGAUCACACCACUGCUGCCGACUUUCCGUUCCCCACCCACGAAAUCCCCCCGCCGCAGGCCGUGCCUGAGUACGAGCAGUCGGACAACGAGCAAGACGGCUCGAAGACUCCCGAUCAUAGCGACGACGAGGAUGCCAGUGUGAUGCUAGCCCAAGAGCCAAGCGACGAGGAGGUCGUCACAGAUAUUGACGAGCGUCCGAAUGCUCCGGACGCGCCUCAUGGACUUGCUCUUUUGGACGAGGAACCGCAACAACCAGAGGCCAAUGCGUCCGAGUCGCCGGAGCAAACGGAUCCUCAAACGCGCGCGAGCAGUCGCCGCCGCGCUCAAUCGCCUUCAAAGGCAAAGCCUCCGGUCACUAGGAACGCGGGCUCCCGUCGCAAUGUCGCUGAGACGUGGCCAGCGAGCAACGUUGACGCAGCCGGCGCGAGGCCGGGCCACCGCUACAACCUCCGCUCGUCGGGCCGUCGUGACUUCGGUGCGCCGAGCACCUCUGACGCAGCGGACUGUGCCCCAGUUGCUCCGCGGAGGUCGACUCGUGUUCGCGCGAAGGCAGCGUCGAAGCUACGGGAUACUGGGUCGAGGGACAGUAGCAUUGGGAAGCGUAGUCGUGAGGGAUCAGACCAGGACGAGGUCGAGGAAAGCCUGGCCGCGCAGUCGUCGAAGCGGCCGAGGACGGUCAGCCAACCCCGCGGCAGGAAGGCAUCGAAGAAGUCGGAGAAGAAGAAGUUGUAAUGUGCGUAGGCAACCCCUGAGUAUAGUAAACGAGGGACUUUGGAAUGUAUUAUAGAGUACCGGUUUCCUUCAUCCAUCUAUCUCGUUCCACCGCGCGGCGAAACGUUGACUGUUCAUGUCGUCUGCCACACCUGCCAGUAACUUGCAAUGUCAACUGGCAAUACGUUUGCGAAC